UCAAAUGAUACCAAUACAUGAUAUACAAUAAUUAUAUGGCAUUUAGUGUAUUUUAUCAAUUAUUCAUGUAAAAAAUAAUUGAGAUAGAAUACUGUUAAUUAAAUUAAAGAAAUGUUCUACAGUAGAAGUUAUUUAUGAAUUACACAACGCUGAAGUGGUACCAGUGCCAAAGCUAAUUAUUAAAUUUAAUUAGUGGUUUUUGGAAUAGUGGAACCUUAUCGUCGGGCAUCGAGUUUCGCGAAAACGGGGCGUAAUGAUCCUCCGCUCCGGCCCCAUAAAUUACGUCGUUAGCCUGCGACCGGACGAAAUUCAGCUGGCGUGUUCCAUCUAUUUUUAGGGUUGAAAAGAAUGUUAAUGCCCGGUCCACGGGCGAGUGCGUGCAGGAGGCGGGUCCGUCGUGAGUGCACCGAGCACCGUCUGGUCUGACCUACGACCCCCACCGAUGAGAAAGAAACGUCCACUCUCUCCGAUCCCUUGCGCACGUCUCGAGGGUGGUUCCACGUCCACGGAACCCGUACAUGCAUUUGUUUUGCACGGUUCGUUAUUAUUACACGUGUGUUCCUAUUUAUGGUUGACUAAAUUAAAAGUAACGAGACAGUUCCUGAAUGAGUCUCGAUGUUCCGGUCGGCGUCGAAGAGAAUGGGGCGGACGCUGAGUCUCGACGGUCGGACAUCGUGUGUUAUGGUUCUUCGGCAACAUUCUCUAAAUGAGCUCCACGCCGUCCGGAUCUUCCACGUGACCGACACGAUUCCGCCGGUGUUUGUGAGUGUGACUGUUCAGGAUAAAUACUCAGGAUCCUCUUCGUAUUUUUACCAGAAUGACUGUUGAUGCAAAUGUUGUGUACCAACGUGGACAUGUAGACAGAUGAUAUGGGUCAGACGCCAUCCCAUUUGGGUGGCAGUUUUUACAAGUUAAAGUUACCCUUCAAGAUUUUGCACCGACCGGAAACGACCAGAACUCCCAAUCCGGAACAGCCCAUCAAGUUCCAGUAUCGAACGAAACGCAGAAACCAGAACUCCCAUCAGAUCGACGUUGCGAACAACGUGCAGACUUUAAAUAACGUCAACAGGACGCAGAUCAGCAACAAGAUCAAGAACACAAACUUGAACGAGGCGAAGUGUAAAGUCAUCAAGAGUCAGAACAGUCCGGAGCGAACGAGAUCGGAGCCCAACUUGAGGGCUGACAGGACCAGAGAUAAACACAAGCACAGAAGGAGGAGUCCGAAGAUUAAGAACUGGAACGAUGACGUUCAACAGUUCGGUUACGAUAUUCCCGACAUUGAUUCCUUCUUGACCAAGGCAACUCUGGAAAAGCCGGCCAACAUACCCGUGGUGCUGGCCUUCCCCAGCGUGCUCUACCAGACCAGGAUCGGAGGGUACCAGGCGGAGAUCUAUCUGCCCCUCGGAAUGGUGGUGAAUGCGGUGUUCAAGAACCAGCAUUGGUUGUACAUCCAAACGCCGCACGCCGAAGAAGGCUACAUCAGUUACGCAGCUUGUCUUCCGUUGGGCAUAAUUCCGCCGCCGGAGGACGACAAACCGGCGCCCUGUUGGGAGAUCAGCACGGACGUGUUCCCCAAGCCGUCCGGCAACAUGACGGACACGGAGAAACUGAGCUCGAAGUCGGAUUGCGGCGGCAGCAGGUGCAGGUCCAGGUCCAGGAACGCGGUCAGCAGUUGCGGUGAAAAGAGUGUGGACCGAUUGUACCUCCGUGCGGCCGCCAGUGCCAAGAGCAAGGGUGUCAGGCAGACUCUGCUCGUCAUCGUCACCGAUUACGAUGGGAAUUGUCACAGCCAAGGUUUGACGGUGGCCAAAGGGGAUGUGGUGUUUCUGUUGAACUCGCAGCUGAGGGGAUGGUUCUACGUGAGGAACAAGGCCGGCGACGAAGGAUACAUUCCUGCUGCCGUUGCAGGACACGGAUUUUUGUAAAUAAUUGUUGAUUGUUUAUUUUAUUA